UGUUGCCUGGCGAUGGGCUUGGAGCUUGUCAACCGCACGAUCCAGUUACUGUAGCUGCCUGCUGCAAUGAAAAUAUCGUCGUUGGUGGGUGGAUAUAUUUAUAUGGGCCUGUUUCCAUCAUUUGCCCCCCGAAAACAGUGACUGAGUGAAGACGAGGCACUGAAGGAGGCAUGUGACGGAUAUUAUGGCUUACAGCAGGCGUUCUCCGCUUGGGAGCCGACAGCUGGCCGCCUCAUGCCGUCCUGUAGCCGGGGCCCCGAGCCUGUGCGCCACGCACCUCAUGCAGCAUACCUUUUGACUUCAUGAAGAUCCCUGACAUUGGUGAUGUAAUGAAUAAAUUUGAAGUCCUUGGGAUUGUGGGUGAAGGUGCCUAUGGUGUUGUUCUGAAGUGCCGACAAAAGGAGACCAAUGAAAUUGUGGCCAUUAAGAAAUUCAAGGACAGUGAAGAAAAUGAAGAGGUCAAAGAAACAACCCUGCGGGAGCUCAAAAUGCUCCGAACCCUCAAGCAGGAGAAUAUUGUUGAGCUGAAAGAAGCCUUCCGCAGAAGGGGGAAGCUCUACCUUGUUUUCGAAUAUGUGGAGAAGAAUAUGCUCGAGCUGCUUGAGGAAUUACCAAACGGUGUGCCGACUGACAAAGCACGCAGCUACAUCUUCCAGCUAAUCAAAGCAAUUCACUGGUGCCAUAAGCAUGACAUUGUUCACCGAGACAUAAAGCCAGAAAACCUUCUCAUCAGCUCAGAUGACAUCCUCAAGUUAUGUGACUUUGGCUUUGCACGUAAUCUCUCUGAGGGGACUGAUGCCAAUUACACUGAGUAUGUGGCCACUAGAUGGUACCGCUCUCCGGAGCUCCUGCUCGGGGCUCCUUACGGGAAGGCGGUGGACAUGUGGUCAGUGGGCUGCAUCUUAGGCGAGCUGAGUGAUGGGCAGCCACUGUUCCCGGGAGAGAGCGAGAUCGACCAGCUCUUUACCAUCCAGAAAGUGCUGGGACCCCUGCCACCAGAGCAGAUGAAGCUCUUCUAUAACAACCCUCGCUUCCACGGGCUGAGGUUUCCUACUGUGAGUCACCCUCAAACGCUGGAGCGAAGGUACCUGGGAAUCAUCGACGGAGCCCUGCUCGACCUGUUGAAGAACCUGCUGCUGCUGAACCCCACAGAGCGCUUUCUCACAGAGCAGAGCCUGAACCACCACGCCUUCCAGACCCUGCGGAUGGUGGAGCGGCCCGGGCCACCCACACCCACACCUGUACGCUCCUCCAAGAGAAAACCUCACCACGGAGACAACACCACCCCCAGCAGGAGCCAUGGAGGAAAGAGCUCAGGAAGCCACCGCUCCAGCAGCAGAGAGUGCUCCAGCUUACCCCGACACGAAGACCUCCACCCCAACAACGACAGCUUUCUCAACGGCAAUAUGUCUGCAGCCAUCAACCUCAGCCCCACCCUGCAUCCCAAGAACUAUCAGCCGCAGAUCUUCAACCACUCCACUGCCUGCAGCAUGGACCUGGCCAGCAGCAACCUGCCUCAUCUGCUCAGCCCCGGUGAGACCAAGUCCAAGGGCGACUUUGAGAUGAACUUGGGGUCCAAGGUGUCGGAUGGCCCUGGGGCAAAGUACCUCAAAUCCAACUUCCGCUCGCAGCAGAAUCGCCACUCUUUUGUGGAAGGGAAGACCAACACACUUCAAUCAGGGGACAAACACAGCCGACACAACUAUGUGGAGUCCCACAGCUCCACGCCAUCCUCCUCCAAGUUUGCCUACCUGAACUUGUCCAAGAGCUAUGGCACACUUAGCGAUGCCAAGUCAGUGGGGAACUUAAAUGAUGUGCAUCUUUAUGCAGAUGAGCCCACUUCGCGCUAUUUUCCCUCCAGCUGCCUCGACCUAACAGCUCCUGGCAGCCCAGCAGCCCGCAGAGUGGAAAGACUGGGACCUGGCGCAGUUGGCCGAGGAAGCAUGCGCUCAGAGAGAGAGAGCAACACUCUGGACUCCUCCUACAGGCGGUCCUCCACCCGCCAUAAGACUUCAGAGGAGUCCAAGUCACCAGACUCCCUGGAUCCUGGGGAGAGUGAAAGGAGCCAUGCUCACUCUCUGUCUGCCCCACAUGACGCUCUGUCUUAUGGUCAGGGAUACACCAGCCCCUUCUCCUCCCAGCAGCGGCCACACCGCCACUCCAUGUACGUACGGAGGGAUCACCAGAGGACGCACGGGGCAGAUGAGGGACUGUUGGUCGGGCAGGGCGUGCCCACCAGAGCCAGCAGCCUCCAGCUCCUUUCCCCACAGCUGCAACACCGCACGCUGCCUCGCCACUCUGGGGGCUCCUCCAGAGAAGAAGACAUGAGCAGGAGUGAACAGGCACCCACUGAGGUCACCCACAGCAGACCCCCAAUAAGGGACUCCACAAGGGACAACACCACAUCUUUUCACACACAGCGGAAAAAAAGCGAGGUUGGCUUAUAUCAUGACCAGCAAACUGAAGAUGGGGGUUCUUCCAAAGAGAACCGAAACAUCUACAGCGAAUCCAUGCCAAGGCGGGUGGGCAGCUUCUACAGAGUCCCGUCUCCCCGGCCAGACAACUCCUUCCAUGACAGCCGGGGUCAGAGCCGGGGCUCUGGCUUGUCUGGGGACGGCAGCAGUUUGGCGAAUCACUCCAAACGACAGCCGGCAUUUGACCCCUGGACUGGCCCAGAUACUGUAGUACUGAACGCCUCUGAGCCUUCCAAAGAAAAGGAGAAGCAGGGUUUCUUCAGAGCAAUAAAGAAGAAAAAGAAAAAAUCUCAAAUGAUUGAAGUCCCUGAUGGAAGGCCUCCUGUCAUCAAGAAAUGUCUUUUCCCUCUGUUUAGCCCAAAGAAUAACAUAAAGCAUAGUUCCUCUGUGAGAGUCCUCCCUGUAGUGUCCUCUCCCAUGGUUUCUGGUGAAGGGGUGGAGACAGUCAUCCAGAAGUCCUCCAGGUCAUCAAGUCACCAGAGCAGCCGCCACAGGUCUCGCGACAAGAGCAGAGACCGGGACCAGGACCGAGACAGGGAGAAGGACUGGCCGCCCGAGAAACUGUCCGAUUCACACUCUCCAAGCCAGCCGCUGAAGUCGCUGCGUAAGCUCCUGCACCUUUCCUCCUCAUCCUCUAACCAGACCGCACCUUCUGACAUGCGCUACCAGCCGCUGCCGAAUUCAGCCUCUGCUCAAGGCGGUUUCACCGAGAGUCGGGGUCACUCAGGGGUCAGCACGCCCCAACUUAAGGCCCGACAGUCAGCGUACCCGCUGCCUGCGCAGCUGGAAUCCGGCUGGCACACGUCCGCCCUGGGCCGCCCCGAGGGCAACCCUUACCCAGAGCAAAUGAGCAUCAAAGGAGGCCAGAACGGGCACGGCUUCGGACGCCCGUCCAGAUCUCGUAUGCCAAACCUCAACGAUCUGAAAGAGACAGCUCUGUGAUCUCCAGCACAUGCGCGUCAGACUCGUCUGUUGCCACCUCCCUCCUGUAACACCUGCUCAACACACACACACACACACACACACACACACACACACACACACACACACACACACACACACACACACACACACACACACACACACACACACACAAAUACCAAAC